AUGGUCCGUCUCACCACCGAACUGUUCGCCGAUCGUCCGCAAUUCGUCAACUCGAUCAACAUGCGAGAGAUCAAUUUGCGCGGCCAGAAAAUUCCAGCGAUCGAGAAUAUGGGUGUGACGAGGGAUCAGUUCGAUGUCAUCGAUUUCACCGACAACGAUAUUCGAAAAUUGGACAAUUUUCCGACGUUCACUCGUCUCGAUACCCUGUAUUUGCACAAUAAUCGCAUCAACUACAUCGCUCCCGACAUCGCCACAAAGCUCCCGAAUCUCAAAACGCUCGCUCUCACCAACAACAAUCUCUGCGAACUCGGAGACAUCGAGCCACUCGCAGAAUGCAAAAAGCUGGAAUUCGUGACGUUCAUCGGCAACCCACUCACUCACAAAGAGAACUACCGACUGUACAUCAUCUACAAGCUUCCAUCAGUUCGAGUGAUCGAUUUCAAUCGUGUCCGAAUGAUAGAACGGGAUUCAGCGAAGAAGAUGUUCAAAGGAAAGAGUGGAAAGAAGGCGAGAGACGCGAUUCAGAAGAGUGUGCAUACGGAGGAUCCAUCGGAAGUUGAAGCGUCGUCUGGAGCAUCUUCUGGAGGUCAGAAGCUCACUGACGAGGAUAGGGACAAGAUCAAAGAGGCCAUCAGAAAUGCCAAAUCCCUCUCUGAAGUCAACUAUCUUCAGUCGAUUCUGGCUUCUGGAAAGAUUCCAGAGAAAGGAUGGAAUCGUCAAAUGGACCUGAAUAGUGUCGAGGAGGCGAUGAUGGAGGCUUAG